UUUGGGCCUACGCCACGUGAAAAACGCUCCGUCCUUGUUAUAUAUCUUCCAAAAUUCCUUCUUUCCCUUUCCUACAGUUUUUAGUUUUACAUUUUUUCCAAGAUGGCCGGAGAAAAAACUUCGUCAGCCGCUCCCGAUGACAACCUGAAGGCGCCACUCCUCCCCCUCCGGGAACCAAUCCAACAAACACCCUGCACCUUCAAAUCCAAUAUGCUAACACUCAAAAAUUUCUGCAUCAUUCUAGGCCCCUUGUUGUCCCUCAUCAUCUGCUUCUUAGUGAAGCUCGAGAAUGCUCCGGCGACCAGCAAGAAAAUGCUCGGCGUGAUUGCUUGGGUUUUCACUUGGUGGAUCACUGAGGCCGUUCCUCUUCCGGUCACCUCCAUGUGUCCCCUGUUUCUGUUUCCCCUGUUUGGAAUUUGCUCAGCUGAUAAGGUAGCUCACUCUUACAUGGAUGAUGUCAUUACCUUGGUUUUGGGUAGUUUCAUUCUCGCCCUCGCCGUUGAACGCUACAACGUUCACAGAAGAUUGGCCUUGAAUGUAACCUUGCUAUUUUGUGGCGAUCCCCUGAAUCCAGCGAUGUUACUACUGGGGCUGUGCGCGACGGCGUUCUUCGUGAGCAUGUGGCUACACAACGUGGCAGCGGCAGUGAUGAUGAUGCCGGUGGCAACAGGGAUCCUACAUCGACUACCACCGGCGGAGGAGCAAUCGGAAGUUGUAAACAAGUUCAGCAGGGCGGUGAUUCUGACAGUGGUAUACGCGACGCCGAUAGGGGGAAUAAGCACUCUAACAGGGACAGGUGUGAACCUGAUACUGAUCGGGAUGUGGAAGAGCUUGGUUCCGGAGGGGAAGCCGAUAAGCUUCAAUACGUGGUUCUUCUUUGGGUUUCCGGCGGCGGUUCUGCUUCUGAUAUGCUUCUGGUUCAUACUCUGUUUGCUGUAUGUACGAAAAGGGUCGCGUGUGGCUUUGUCUGAUUACAUGGAUAAAGCGCAUUUGAAAGCGGACCUCGAAGCUCUUGGUCCAAUGGCUUUUGCUGAGAAGAUGGUGCUGUCUGUGUUCGGGUUGCUGAUCAUAUUAUGGAUGACAAGAAGAAUCUCAGAUGACCUUCCUGGAUGGGGAGCUUUAUUCCAUGGCCUUGUUGGUGAUGGAAGUAUCAGUGUUUUAGCAGCUGUCUUAUUGUUCAUAAUCCCUAACAUGAAGCAAAAGGGGGAGAAGCUAAUGGACUGGAAUGAAUGCAAAAGGUUACCUUGGAACCUCAUAUUGCUUCUAGGAGCUGGAUUUGCCUUAGCAGAUGGAGUUCAAUCUAGUGGCCUAGCAGAUGUACUUUCAAGAGCCUUAGAUUUCUUGCAAAAUGUUCCAUAUUUGGCAAUUGUUCCUGUUGUUACUCUUCUAUGUAGCAUUAUUACUGAGUUCAUCACAUCCAAUGAUGCAACUGCAACCCUUCUUGUUCCACUUCUGUAUCACAUAGCCAAGACAUUGCAUGUGCAUCCCCUGCUUCUUAUGAUCCCUGGAGGAAUAUCAACUGAGUUUGCAUUCUGGCUUCCAACUUCAACACCAUCAAAUGUUGUUGGGUUUGCCACUGGACACAUAGAAAUUAAAGACAUGCUUAAAGUUGGUGUGCCACUUAAGCUUGCUGGGAUUGCUGUGCUAUCUCUUCUCAUGCCAUCACUGGGAGCAAUUGUUUUUGGAACAAAUGAUGGCACUCAAUAGGUGAUAGAUCAUAGAUGCAAACUCUUGAUGGUUAGGUCCGUUAGGAUAUUGAAUUAUUAAAUCCAAAUUUCACUGUUUUGGAUGGGUCUACAUAUGUAUAGAGUAUUGAGAAAUAUCACUAAAGUUUAUAUUUUAAACAAAGAAAAAGCAAAUGAAACAAAAAAAGGAGAAAAGAUUCUAAGAAAACUAGAAAAGCUCCCGUAGGAUAACUCAAGUGGUCGGAGUUGAGGGACGUAUGGGUUGGGUAGAGGGAGGACCAGGGAUCGUUUCUGGCGGGUGUAAUUUAUCUUUCUAAUGUAUAAAAAAAAACUAGAAAAGACAAAAGUUUUUUAAUAGAGAAGGGAUUGGAUUAUUAAA